AUGGUCCAUAAUCAGUUUCGAAUUGUGGUAGGUUCGUAUGAACACAAUAUUUUAUGUUUGUCGGUAGAUUUGUCUUCUGAGACACCUUUUUUCACACCAAUAUUCCACUUCCAAGCGCAUGCGUUGAGUGUGAAAUGUGCAGACAUAUCGAAUAGAUACUUAGUCUCUGGUUCCAAUGACGAGCAUAUUCGAAUUUACGACUUGCAGAAGCGUAAAGAACUGGGGAACUUGAUGAGCCAUCAGGGCUCGAUAACGGCUUUGAAAUUCUCCAGAGGUGCCCAGUCAAACGAAAACCAAAGUGAGACAGAAGGUAAGCCUGCUAGAAACAGUAGAUGGCUAUUGUCUUCAUCGGAGGACAACAACUUGGCAGUUUGGAGGGUCAAAGACUGGGAAAAUUUUGGAACUUUGAAGGGACACACAGCGCGGAUUAACGAUUUCGACAUUCAUCCUUCCAGUAAAAUCGCCAUCAGUGUGAGCGAAGAUCAUUCGAUUAGACUGUGGAACCUCAUGACUCUGAAAAAAGCUGGAGUCUUGAAGCUCAAAAAAUAUAACCAAAACGGACAAUCCGUAAGAUGGUGUGGCAAUGACGGUGAAUUUUUCGCAGUGGCUCUGCUUAACAAGGUUCUGAUUUACAAGACUUCCACCGCGAAAGUGCACCGCGAGAUAGACACUGGGAGAUCCUCAAUCAUGCACAUGGAAGUCGAGAAAAUUGAUGAUCAGGAAUACAUAGUGGUUGGUCAAGGAAACGGUUCAAUCGCCUUGUAUGCGACCAAAGAACUUUACGCAGAGGUUGAAAAUGAGGAUGAAGAAGAGAAGGAAGCUUCAGCACCGGACUUCUGUAUGCAAGGGCACAGUAUUCGCAUCAAGGACUUUAAAUUCUACUCAAAUGAGUUUGGCCAUUACUUGGUUUCCAUCAGCUCGGACGGAAAAAUAGUCGUCUGGGAUAUGGCAAGCAAAGAACAAGUUGCUGUGUAUGAUUGUGGUGAAAGGUUGAACUGUCUUGCCUUGUGUGACGAAACAAUUGAGAAAUACGAAACUGUGAAGAAAAGAGACGCAGAUGAGGUCGACCUCGGUGAGCAGAGUGAACCCGAGGAGGAUUCUGAGAAUUUGAAGCAAAUAAUGAUGGGUACCACCAAGCCCACCAAGAAGAGAAGAAAGAACAAGAAAUCAGGUUCAAAGUCCAAAAAAGUCGAAGUGCAACUAGAAUAA